GCUCGCAGCCCCGCAGCGAGAGCGCCGUCUUCCCGCAGACGGGGUCGCACACUUCCUGCCGAUUUAGAGCCGUGUUUCCUAAGCUUCCUCUCCGGCUCCUGUAACCAGCCUACUGACGCCCACUGCGGCACACGUGCCACCUGACUGCACGGGCGUGGGAACCGGGCGCAGGCUGCUGACUGCGCUCCUGCUUGAGCAAAACCCCGUGUGAGAUGUCACUGCAGGCGUGGGUGGUGCAGGCCUUGCUGCUGCUACUCAGCGCGGGAUCCCUAGGUGAACUUCUGGAUCCGUGUGGUUACAUUGACCCCGAGUCUCCGGUUGUACAGCUCGGUUCCAAUUUCACUGCGGUCUGUGUGCUAACGGAGAAAUGCGUGGAUUACUUCCACGUCGAUGCCGACUACAUCUUCUGGAAGACAAACCAUGCCACGGUGCCUCCCGAGCAGUACACCGUCAUAAACAGAACAGCGUCCAGCGUCACACUCACAAACGUGUCCUCGCUGAGCAUGCAGCUCACCUGCAACGUCCGCACCUUCGGGCAGAUCGAUCAGAAUGUCUAUGGCAUCAGAAUCGUCUCAGGCUUGCCUCCAGAAAAGCCCAGGAAUCUGAGCUGCGUUGUGAACGAGGGGAAGAGAAUGACAUGCCAGUGGGACCCCGGGCGGGAACCGCACCUGGAGACGAACUUCACCCUGAAGUCCGAAUGGGCAACAGAGAAGUUUCCCGAUUGUAGAACGAAACGCGGCAGCCCUACCACCUGCACUGUCGACUACCUGCCUGUGUAUUUUGUCAACAUUGAAGUCUGGGUGGAAGCGGAGAACGCCCUUGGGAAGGUUGCCUCAGACCACGUCAACUUUGACCCUGUGGAUAGAGUGAAGCCCAAUCCACCACAUAAUUUAUCAGUCAGCAACUCAGAGGAGCUGUCCAGUAUCCUAAAGCUGACAUGGAUCAACUCAGGUAUUAACAGAUUCAUAGGACUGAAGUACGACAUUCAGUACAGGACCAGAGGCACCUCGGCCUGGAGCCAGAUUCCUCAGGAAGACACAGCCUCCACCCGGUACUCGUUCACCGUCCAGGACCUCCGGCCGUUCACGGAGUACGUGUUCCGGAUUCGCUGCAUGAAGGAGGACGGCAGGGGCUUCUGGAGCGACUGGAGCGAGGAGGCGAGCGGGACCACCUACGAGGACCGACCAUCCAAGGCGCCGAGUUUCUGGUAUAAGGUAGAGCCGUCCCCUACUCCUGGCUACAGAUCCGUGCGGCUCAUCUGGAAGACCUUGCCCCCUUUUGAAGCCAACGGGAAAAUCUUGGAUUAUGAAGUGACUCUUGCAAGGUGGAAGUCACCUGUACAGAACUACACCGUCCGGGACACACAGCUGACAGUGAACCUCACCAAUGACCGCCACAAAGCAACCCUCACGGCCAGAAACCUGGUCGGCACGUCAGACGCGGCUGUGUUAACCAUCCCCGCCUGUGACUUCCAAGCUACUCGCCCCGUAAGGGACCUUAAAGCGUUUCCCAAAGACAACAUGCUGUGGGUGGAGUGGGCUCCCCCCGAGGUGCCUGUGAACAAGUUCGUGCUUGAGUGGUGUGUGCUGUCGGACAAGGCGCCCUGCGUCCCGGACUGGCAGCAGGAGGAGGGCACCGUGCACCUCACCCACCUCACAGGGAACCUGGCCGAGAGCAAGUGUUACCUGAUCACCGUGACCCCAGUGUACAGCGACGGGCCAGGCAGCCCCGCGUCCAUCAAGGCCUACCUCAAGCAGGCCCCACCUUCCAAAGGACCCACUGUUCGGACAAAGAAAGUGUGGAAAAACGAAGCCGUCUUAGAGUGGGACCAGCUUCCUGUCGAUGUUCAGAAUGGGUUCAUCAGAAAUUACACAAUAUUUUACAAAACCAACAUUGGAAAUGAAACCGCCGUGAACGUGGACUCGUCCCACACGGAGUACACGCUGUCCUCGCUGAGCAGCGACACCCUGUACAUGGUGCGCAUGGCCGCGUACACGGACGAGGGCGGGAAGGACGGCCCCGAGUUCACCUUCACCACCCCCAAGUUUGCUCAAGGAGAAAUCGAAGCCAUCGUGGUGCCUGUCUGCCUGGCGUUCCUGUUGAUAACCCUCCUGGGGGUGCUGUUCUGCUUUAACAAGCGAGACCUAAUUAAGAAGCACAUCUGGCCCAAUGUCCCUGAUCCGUCCAAGAGCCACAUUGCCCAGUGGUCCCCGCACACGCCGCCUCGGCAUAACUUUAACUCGAAAGACCAGAUGUACUCGGAUGGCAACUUCACCGACGUGAGUGUCGUGGAGAUAGAAGCAAACGACAAGAAGGCCUUUCCGGAGGACCUGAAGGCCCUGGACCUGUUCCGGAAGGAGAAGACCAGCACCGAGGGCCACAGCAGCGGCAUUGGGGGCUCCUCCUGCAUGUCCUCCAGGCAGAGCCUGUCCAGCGGCGACGAGAGCGAGUCCGCGCAGAGCGCAGCCAGCGCGGUGCAGUACUCCACCGUGGUGCACAGCGGCUACCGGCACCAGGCGCCCUCCAUGCAGGUCUUCUCGCGCUCGGAGUCCACGCAGCCUCUGCUGGACUCCGAGGAGCGGCCCGAGGAGCUCCAGCUGGUGGACAGCGUGGACGGCGUUCUGCCCAGGCAGCCGUAUUUCAAGCAGAACUGCGGUCAGCAGGAACCCGGCUCAGACAGUGCGCAGUCGGAGAGGCCGUGGCCGGUCCCCGCCGGCGAGGAAGACGGCGCCAGACUCACGCAGCAGCUUUCGGGCCCCGUCACCCAGGCCUGCGGGUCGGGGCAGAUGCAGGUGUUUCAGGAGGUCCCUGCAGUAGAUGCUUUCGGUCCAGGGACUGAGGGGCUGGAAACGGUUGGGACGGAGGCUGUGCUCGAUGAAGGGCUGCCGAAAAGUUACCUGCCACAGACAGUGAGGCGGGGCGGCUACAUGCCCCAGUGAGGCCAGCUCCGCACUCGGCGGCGCCUGCCAUCUCCUAACAGGGUCUCCUCCGCGGCCAGAUGGAUGCAGUUUCCCCCGAGUGACCCUCUGCCCUUGGGAACUGGGAGUCCUGUCCUCCCACGUGGCCGUUUCCAUUCCAGAGACCGGAUUCCGUUCAAACACUACACAGACCACUUACCCACGAAUGGCCGCGAUGGCCGGUUCCGGGUGUUUGCACUGAAGACGAGCUGUUGCUUCCCACACACUUGUAAGGACACUUGUCUGGUCGUCUAGGGGACAGUAUUGAGUAAUGAGCAGAGGUAAACUUUGCACAGCGGCGCUGGGUUUAACUCGGAAGUCAUCAGAAAGGUGGCGGAGGGGGAGGUGGUAUGAGGGGUCAGGGACAAGGUCCAGACCCACUACCUCGGCUGGCAGAGUUUUAACCGCAGCCCCGGCGGCCAGACCAGACGAGCCGGACGUCUGUUCUCUGACCCAAAAAAAAGAGCCCGUGUGUAAUCACAGCAACAUACAGAACAUCUGCUCUCUUCCACUGGCGAUGCUUCUGCCGGUUUCCAGGGGAAGGAAUCCCAGAGUUUAAAAAAUACUGAUUUUUGAAUAUCCUGUCAUCAGUAAUCUAACUGGAUUUUCAGAACAGUGCCGCCCCUGUCAGCAGCCUCUCUGAAGGUGUCUCACGGAUUCAGAGGCCCCUGGAGCGAGGGCCACGCUGGCUUACGCAUUCGGACGUCCUCCCCCUGCACGGGCUUGAAUGCGAGCGUGUGGUGUGCGGACUGCUGGCCCUUCCUGUCAUCCAGUGUCCUCAGCUUCAGGUGGACUUCCCGUUCCUGCUCUGAGCUCAUGGUUAAGUGACCAGGAUGAAAUUCUCCUGUUUCUCUAGUAGCUGUUUCUCACAAACAUGGUCUGUGCUCAGAAAACAAACUCCCGCCCCACCUGCGCCUGUCGAUCUAGUGAACAUCCCGGUCUCCUCUGUGCACCCGCCGCCCCGCGGGGUGGAGCUCAGUUCCCCGCUGAUGCAGGAAUGUCAGCCCCUCCCCGUCCCCCUGGGGGUCAGGGCAGCAGGCCCCAGGGUCAGCGCUGACCCUCCGUCACCCUUACACCCUCUCCUGCCACCACAUUCGAUGACUCGGGCUAAAGGCGGGGGCCGAGUGGCCUCUCAGGGACUGUCAGGAACCUUACUGCCCUCCUGUGAAUGUGCAGAAAACAGGUUUUCUUCUUCUGUCCUUUGAGUUGCAGAGGCCAGGCCAACCUGAAACGGCGUCGGGGAGUUGAAGGGGCUGCUAAGGAGAGGGGUGCGUUCACGGUGGAGGCGCAUCCUCGCUUGGGGCUGUGCUCACAGUUGGCCGCGCCCCGUAUUCCCACCGCCUCAGCUCUGUCACGUGCCCGAGACAGCGGGGCCCCGUCCUGCCGCAGCCGGCGAGAGCCAUAGGGCGACAGGAGUGAGCGAGGAGAACUGGGCACGAGGGUCACAGGGACCCAGAGGCCCCGACUCACACGACCGCCGUUUAUUUAAGUUGGCGUCCGAGGCUGAGCCGGAGCAGGACUGGGUCUGUCCAGUGAAAUGUCUUUCAAGAAAUUUGUGUCUGUUACAUUUCUCAUUUCCUCGAGAGGCGUCGUCAUGUUGCUGCGGUCACUGUAGUGUAACUUCCCUGUGACCGAGGUGUUGGGGGAUGUAACCUGCUGGCCUGGACUCCGCGCGUGACUCGGCGCGUGAGAGGGAGGUGAGGAGCUGCGGGAGACGGGACGUCACCGGGCCGCGUCUCUGCUGAAACUCGCAGAGCGCGGUGCGGCCGGCGGACCCGCCCCGUCCGCGACAGUGGACGUACGGCUUCUGCGCAGAAACCCUUCAGAAGAUACGCGUCUGAUCACCAGCAUGAAACGCACACCUUUGCCCGGAAGGGAGACAAGCGGGACUAGUUUACGUGCAGAGUGAAUUCGUCGAGGCGCGUCCUGAGGACCUGUUUUGAUGCAUGUGAACUGUAUUCUGGUUACGUGACAGUCUACGUACAGGGUGUCCCCAAAAACGUACACACCACUAAAAGCUGACGGCUUAAUUGAUGGCUCUUUUCGGCCUUCGCCCAUUAGAAGUAAUAAUUCACAGUGCGUCUACAUUUUUUGGGACACCCCGUGUAAGUUAGUGGGUUGGUUAGUAUCCGGAAACUGAGUGACGUCGCGCUCGCACGUCCGAAAGCCUCUGGACGGCCGAGCCGCUGCUCCUGCGCAGCCGCCCUGAGAGCUGACGGACUGGCAUCGGCUCCGCCACAGGUCGUCGCUGCCAUCCGACCGUCAGCGCCGGCGCCAGGUCCUGCUCAUCCCGCAGAGGCGGAGUCUGCGCAACUGUUGGAAAGCUAGCUUCAAACCCAUUGAAAUCUGAAAAGUUAAGUCGUUUUUUUUUAAACGCGGGUCUGUCCCUCGAGAGCACGCUCGGCGUGAGGAGAGGCCCCGGCAGAACCGCCCGCUCUGCCCCGUCACUUAGUUUCCAGCGGAUCCCAGGGUGGGAGGUUCACACACAAGGUCAUCGGUGACCCCGCUCCUGAGGUUAAAGGUCAGCGAAGUUGAAACACUCGGUUUAUUCGUGAAAGGCCCCUUGAGUGACGCGUCUGACAGCUUUAUAGAGAAACCAGACAGGCUCCGGGAGACGUCUCGGCCUGAGGACGGCCUGCGGACCCGUGUGGCGCUCCCUGAGGCGCUCCCGUUAGCUGCACCAGGCGAAGCUUCGCCUUUCAGGGAUAAAGUCAAUCGCCUUAAUUUUAAGAAGUAUUGCUGAAAAUGCUAACCGUCCCAGAGCCUUGGGUGGGCGCGGCUUUGCUGGUGGAGGGUCCUGCCCGGAUAGUGAGGAACAUGGCGCCCGGGGCAGGGGCCGCGAAGGAAACGGUCAAACGAGGCAGGUCUCAGCCCCCUUCUGUUUGGUGUUGACGGGUUUCCGAGCCAGGCUCCCGUCUCAGUGUUGAAAUGGCUAAAAUGCAAACCAAGCAGCUCCCUACCUGAAAGGUUACGUGUUAGAAAUUUUGGGGAUGGCUUCCUGUGUGGGUCGUGUCAGAUCCCGCUGCCUGGGUAAGGUUGCUUUUAAAUGUUUUUUGCACUUUUCUGUGAAUCAAGAAUACAGAGCCACGGCAGCCAGGUGCCCAGGGUUGGCCCGAGACAGGGUGUCCUCCCAGGUUCCCAAGGAGGUGCUGACCCCCAGGCACCGCCGGGCGCCCCUGGUCCACAGCAGCUCCCUUCAGACUGUGAACAGUUCAGGUGGAGGGCAGGACGCUGCUCGGCCAAAUGUGCCUUUGGGAUUCAUGUUUUUCAUUUGCUGCUGGUGUGUGCACUAGCGUGUGGUCCCGGGUACACGGCGUUACCGCGAGAGGCAGCUCUGGGUGAGCUCUUGGCCGCUCGUUCCUAAAUUCUGGGAGUUUUGUAGCCAGGGUGGUUUAUCGGCAUUACCCAGUUUCUUCGAGUUGAGAGGUGGUGAUGAAGGUGGUUGAGGGCCAGUGGUGACAGGGUGUUCCCAGUCUUCUGUCCCUUACACAGCUUUGCUGAGUGAUAACCCCGUUUCCAACACUGUCACAAAUAAAACGGUGUCUUGAAAGGUCGUGUCUGAGUUCUUCAGUCUUGAUGUCCGUGUGUGUGGACAGUGCGCACAGGUGGGCAGCGGGCCAGCGCUGCAGUCCAGGGAUGGUAGGGCGUGUCCCCUGCGUCCUGGCUCCGUCCCUUCCCGGUCACUAGCUGCCUCAGCCCCACCUGGCCUGAUGUCAUCCGCAAGGCUUGUCCGGAGAGUUGUGUGUUUUCACCUUUGUAGCUCACUGCAUGUUCUAACUGUAACCACAGCUAUUGUUUUUAUGUUGACAUAACUCUAAACGUUACCGUAAAUGUACUCCUGUAUAUCGCGUAUAAUCCUUUAAGUAGGUUUAGGGAAUAAAUCCUUAUUCAGGUA